UCCCCAUGCUUGGAGAGGUCAAAGUGCGACAUGGCGGAAGAUGAUGCAGCGAGUUUUCCUCUAGCAGUGGACUACUGUGGAGUAUGUAGUAUGCCUCCUGAGUACUGCGAGUAUUCUGCGGACCCCAGCAAGUGCUACGAGUGGAUGAAGGUGAAUUUGCCGGACCACUACUCCAGGAUAGAGGCCAUAGCUGCACAGCUGGAGGGUGUGUCAGUUGGUGAAGGAAAGCGGCAGACAAGAGGUGGAAAGGCUAUGAAGAAGGUCAAGAUAAAGGAGGAGAGUGUGAAGCGACUGUGUAUAUCACGAUCUCAGAGAGCAAAGAGGAAGUGUGUUACAGUGAUUGUAGGACUCAAGUCAUUCGAUAUUGAACUGAAGAAGGCAUCGAGAUUGUUUGCUGGGCAUUUCUCGUGUGGGAGUUCAGUAACUGGGGACGAUGAGGUGGUGGUACAAGGAGAUGUUUAUGACGGAAUUGUGGACUUCAUCAAGGACAAGUGGCCACAGGUGACUGAAGAUCACGUCAAGUACAUGGGUGACCAGAAAAGAUGA